AUGGCCACUCCGAUCGACUUUAACAGUGUGCUGGAUACAUCCAACCUAAAAGAUCGUUCGGUGCUUAUCACUGGCGCAGCAUCUGGCAUUGGUCUAGCCUGCGCGAUGAAGAUGGCCGAAGCAGGCGCAAUAGUCACCAUGGCUGAUCUACACGAUACGGCUGGGGGCGUCAUUCAGGGCAUCCUUGCCGAGAAGAAUCUCUUCGACAUGGUGCCAGCCACGUUGCCAAACCCAGGAGACACACCACCACCUCCUCCAAGCUUUGCUUGCGUGUCCGUCAACCUUCAGGCAGUAUACAAUACCUGCUAUCUGGCACUGCAUCACUUCCGCCUCCCGCGCACAGCAGCAACAAGUUUCAAGCCCAGCAUCGUUCUCAUCGCCUCGCUUGCAGCCUACAUUGGAUACCCAUAUAGCACUACAUACAGCAUGUCCAAGUUCGGUGUUCGAGGACUUCUGUACAGCCUGCGCGAGCGCGCCAUGCACUCUUCGAUCCGCAUCAAUCUUGUUGCACCCUGGUACGUGGAUACCGGCAUCGCCAAGCAAGCCGACUUUGUAGAGGACAACGGCGCUGUUCUUCACAUCAUAGGAUUCGUAUCCAUGGACAGAGUCGUGGAUGCUGUGGUGAGGUUUGCUUCGGUUCAAGAGUUGUGUGGAAGAAGCGUAGGCAUCUUCCCCAAGGGCAGCGAAGAUCUUCUCGAUGAUCUGGAAGGUGGAUACGGCGGUGCGAUAGUGAGUAAACAUAUGCGCGAGGUUCAAGCAGUCGUUGUGCAGGAGAUGCAGAAACAGAUGUAA